UUUCAACUUGGUCUCAGUUGUCAUGUCCCCGCAGCGCCGCUAGUGGCGCUGUGAGUCCACCGAGCUCUGAACUCUAAACCCCCGCAGAUCUGUUCAAUGAGAGCACAACAUAACAUAAUAUCGAAAGUACAUUAGUGAUCGCUUUGACGGUUCACAACCUCAACAGGGAAUAAUUUUCCGAGGCAUAAGGAAUUCCGAUGAAUAUUCGGUGCAGUUGAUGAUCCGUGGCGUUUACACAGUCUGUCCGGAGUGAGAGACCGUAGAGGCUGAACCCACUGCAGCUGAUGUUCUCAGGGACCCGAGUCACGUGAUGUACGAAGGUAAACACAUCCAUUUCUCAGAGGUGGAUAAUAAGCCGCUGUGCUCCUACAGCCCCAAACUCUGCAAGCAGCGCAGGUUGAACGGAUACGCCUUCUGCAUUCGUCAUGUUCUGGAGGACAGAACUGCUCCGUUUAAACAGUGCGAAUAUGUGGCCAAGUACAACAGUCAGCGAUGCACCAACCCCAUCCCCAAAGCAGAAGAGCGAAGAUACUGUAACAGCCACCUACAGGUGCUCGGCUUCAUCCCCAAGAAGGAGCGUAAGAAGAAGCAGGAUGCUCUGGAGGAGGUUCGUGCCCGCGCUCACGUGGAGUCUGUGGCUCUGAACAUCACCGUUCCCUCUCUGGCUCUGAGAGACUCUAAUGGGCUGGACGGCCUCCCUCCGUCCACACCCUGCUCCCGUCUGACACCAAUGCCUCUCUCGGACUCCGACUUCCUCGACCCCUUUGCCUUCUACGAGGAGGACACAGAUGGAGAGGAAAGCGUGGCACAGAAGAGCUCCAUCAAGAGGAGGCCACCCAGCAGACCAGUGAUUGGCCUGAGGGUGACCGCCCGGGACCCAGAGCACCGUCAGCCGGACAUCGAGCACUUUAGCACCGUCACUGAACCCUGCACACUUCCAGCCUCCCCACACCCACCACCUCCUCCACCGCCUCCGCCUCUGCCUCAACCCUUGGCGAGGCUUGUCCAGCCCCCUCAACAUACAGAUCAACAUGGGGCAGUGCAGUCUCUGCUAUGCAAGCCAGCUCCACCUCAGACUGGGCCUCCUGUUUUGUCUGCUCUGCUCCCGUCAGCUGGGGUUCAGAACCAGUCUGUUAGCCGGAGACCUGUCCCUGCUGCAUCCCCUGACCCAGCUGCUGGCCAGGACUGCUCACAGCCCCACGCCGUGGCCAUGCGCCCCACUGCCUUUACAGCACCCCCUGUCUGCCUGCUCAGACUGCAGCACCUCGUGCAGCUCUACGCUAAGAGACACAGAGAGCACGGAGACCUGUUCCCACAUCUUGGGCUCGACUGGUCUGAGGACAGUACAGAUGAUGAAGAUACAGAGGAGCUUGUUCCUCUAAUGCCUCAGGCCUGGAGACUUCAGGAAAGAAGCUCCCAUCAAAGCUCCUCCAAUGAAAAGCCGUUUUCUAGGCGGGCACGUCUGGCGCAGCUAUGUACAUACCUGCAAGAGAGGUAUAAACACUUGUGCCGACAGGACAGGGCAGCCACCCGUCACAGCAGAUACCGAUAUGCCUUCCGGAAAGCUCUGCUUCAUGCUGCAAGCAAAGACCCAGACUGCACUGCACAGCUCAUUCAGAAACUCAGCAAGAGCUCACAGACCUCACCCUGUUCAAGGUCUGCAGUACCACACAAGUAUGAAAGGACAGUGUGUACAGGAACCACACCGGGUCAAAGCUGCAGCAACAUAGCGUUACCAUUUUCACGUCACUGUUUUCAACAUAUCCUGUUGAAUCGCUCUCAGCAGCUGUUCUCCAGUUGCACGGCACGGUUCGCUGAUGGGCAGCAGUGCUCUGUUCCUGUGUUUGACAUCACUCACCAAACACCUCUUUGUGACGAGCAUGCCAAGAAAAUGGAUAAUUUCCUGCGUGGGGAUGGCAACAGACGCAGUCACCAGCAGCAGCAGCGGCGGCCACGUAAAAAGACCAAGCCACCUGCACUGACGAAGAAACACAAAAAGAAGAGAAGACGAGGUCCACGCAGACCGCAGAAGCCAAUUCCACCCGCUGUGCCACAGGGCAAUUUGUUAAUGCCCUCCCUGUCACUGCCCCCUCACCACACAAAUGUCAGGAGCCCGUCAACCCCUGAACUCAGUGCAGACGAGCUUCCUGACGAUAUAACGAAUGAAAUGCCUGCCAUUCCCAAUGAUCUUGAGCUGAAUCAGGAGGAUUUCUCUGAUGUACUGCCCAGACUACCUGAUGAUCUUCAGGAUUUCGACCUUUUUGAGGGCAAGAAUGGAGAGUUGUUGCCCACCACAGAGGAGGCCGAGGAGCUGGUCAGAGCCCUGCAGGCCAUGGGGUCGUAUCCCGACUCCCUGGUGUGUUUGUCCUCAAUGGGUGAAUUGACCCCAGCGGAUGGGGUAGACCACCGAACCAUGGCCGUGUUCUCGGGGUCAGGGGUCACAGUGACUGGCAUCGGAGAUCUUCUGAACGGCCGAAUGACUUCGGAGACUUUUCCCAGUCUAGAGCUGGAGGGAAACCUCCUGCACGCCCCGACAGACCAUCAUUUCCCAACGUCCUCUUCUCCCCAGCCAACCCAGAGCAGUGUCACCACACCCUCUAGAAGUCCCAAUGGUGGGUUAACAGAACGAACGUUUUCCCAAGCUCCCAAACCCGACUCGUCCCCACCUGGCAGUCAUUACAGCAGCGCGCAUGUGCCAUCUCCCUACAAGGAUCACAUCUCACCCCUACAUUGUGCCUCUUUUCAAACCGACCUGCCUCUCUUGCUGGAGGUGCCUUUGAGUGGAGCACCAGGCCCUCCACGCACCUCCUGGAAUAACCUCCCUCUCUCUCUCACAGACCCGUCACAGUUCGGUAACCUCCUCUCUGCUGAAACGCACCUGCUCUCAACCGCUCUGUCCACUCCACCCUCCACAUCCCACUCCACCAUCCUGCAGCCCACCGCUGCUCUCUCGGUUCUACCCCAACCGGGCCUGACCGGCCUCACCUCACCCUCAUCCUCACAGUCUUCGCGGGACCUUCUCACCCCCAUCCAACCUAAACUACAGCUCCCACAGUUUAGUGCAGCCUUCGGCCACCAACUGGCUUCCCACAGUGGGAUCCCCAAAGACCUGCAGCCCAGCCAUAGCUCGACAGCGCCACCUACAGGCAUUACCAUCACCAGUGCCACUGCUGCCACUCCCCCGUUCCCUCAGAGCAAUUGAGUCUGCUUAAAGAGACCAUCCCAUCUCACAUUUUGAGAUAGCUCAUGAUUUUCUUUUGGCAAGAAAGGAGAAGUUCUGAACAAUGUUCACUUACUGCUCUUUAAUUAUGCAGUGUUGUUAAGCUCCAAGAAAGUGCUGCCCUUGUGUACCGCUAUACUUCUAUUUUUCAGUAAGUUCCACAUACUGUCACUGACUGUAUUUGAAUUUCCACUAAGCCCAUCGGUCUGAACAGAAAAUCUAAUCUGUGUGAACAGGCCUUUAAUGACUUCAAUUCCAAUCUGUUCCUAUCACAUAGCUAUCAAUAUGUCUUUAGAAUACUUGGAAUUUAGUGCACGAAUCAUGUGGACAUCUUUUACGGUGCUAUCAGUAUACAUUCACUUUAAUUACAUGGAGAAGAGCAGUCUGAACAUUGUUGGAAACAUCUCCUUUUAUGUUCUUCAGAAGAAAGUAUGGGUUUAAGGGUUAAUCUUUUGGGUGAACUAACUCUUUAAGUCUCAUCACCAACAGCCCUGUGUCUCACUGGCACCACAGAUCAGCAGCAGAUUUGAGUCUUUCUGUACACUGAUCUCUGCUUGGUCUGUCAACAGUGUCUUCAAGACAGUGUUUGUUGUUGUAGUGAUCCAAGAGUUAUGUGUUGCCCACAUUUACCCCUUUUCCACCAAACGGUGCUAGUGUAGGAGCUGGUGCUCAGUUGUCUCUGAGCCGAUCCAUUGAAAUUGACAGCCAAACAAUCUAACUGACAACAUUACUACAUUACCUGAUCAUACAGUCUUAGUUUAUUCCAGUUUUUUACAUUUAAUUAUUUAAUUCUUUUUUUAAAAAGUCAUGACUGACGCAUAUGGUAUUUGUAAAUGAAUCCCUUCAUUGCAGUCAGUCAGGGACAGUAAUGUUGCUGGUGAAGCUGUGCAACAUGUUUAAAAAUAGAAAUGUCAACUGAGGUUGUGUGCAGCAUAUUUUUACAUUUAUAAAGGAGUCUUUUAACAUCCAGUGGCUCUAAUGUUACUAGUUUUUUUUUUAAACGUGCGGGUUUAGGAGCUAAGCUAUGUUUUUCAUUGGAAACAUGCGAAAUUGUCUCAGGCACCAGCACUGUGUCAGUGGAAAAGGGGUGAUGGUCUGUUGUACUAAGGCUCGUGAAACAAAUUCUAUCAUAUGACUUAUUCCUUUAGUAUGUAUUCCUACAAUGGGAGUAGCAGGUGGUUGGUUGGCUUGAGUCUUUGAGAUAGGAACGUGCUGAUGUGUGUUGGCUGGAGAAAGAGCAGAGGAGGACUGUUGUUUAUACUUGGUGUUAGCAUCUGUCUUCGGUAAUCUGAUCACAAUUGCUCAACUGAGGAAUUAUGGUUAAUGUGCAUUUCCUUUUAAUUUAUCGCCACUUAACAAUGGAUUUUUUUUGUCGAGGGAAAUCAUACUGUGAUUUUAUUUUUUAUAUUUUUCCUCAUUCAAGAAGAUAUCACUUUGAUAUACAUCACAAUAGGGAAGAAAAUCUGAUUGCAAUAAGGUAACCUUUAUAGUUAUACCUAGCAUGCAAAAUUUCAGCCCAUUGAUUAGCUCAGCAUUACAUGAGAAGGUUGACAAGGAUGCAUCAGUGUAAUGUGAUGUGGCAUCUCUGAAAGUGUGAUCGGAUCACCCAAGAUGAAAACAGAGUAUAAAACCACUGUCAUGGUGGCACUGAAGUUGUACAACUUUCUGAUUUCAGACAGUAGCCCAAAAUGAACUCUGACACAGCCAACAACCCUCCUAUCAUUCAGCAGUCUGUCUCUAUGUAACAGAAGCUAAGCUUGAUGUGGUCUCGAGAGAAUCCACCAUACGACUUGUUAUCAGGACACAGAUCAGUAUGAUUCAUUCUUGGGAUUUUGCACACGCUAGGUGGACCAAGCCUGGACUGCUCACGUCACAACGUUUAUUAAAGCAAUAAUCUCCUCAGCAGAGUCACUCAUGCCAAUCUUCAGGUGUGGCUUACUCCCAGCAGCCUCUGCUCUCGAUGAAAACUGCUGGAUCUCAUUCUCCUUAUCGGUUCCAUUUAUGGCUUAACUGUUGAUUGACGGCAAAGAUCUCAACCUCGACUUUGCUGAUCUUGCAGAAACACUGUCGUUCAGUGAAGAGUAAACACAACAAUGACACUUUGAGGUAAUAUUUUGCCAAAUAUAUGGGUUCAAAUAUUUUUGUUCUUCAUGGUGCUUAAUCAGUUUAGGACCUCGUUUGGUCUUUCUAAUACAAGAGCCCUUGGUGGCAAGGUUUCAGAUGGAAGGAAUGGGUGGCGGGAGAGUUGAUGUCAUCGGUUUGUUUUGCGGAUAUUUGGUGCAAUUUCUGUGGAGAAUGGUUUGUGAAGCCUGAUGGUUCUUCUCCAGACUUCCACAGAAGAAUCAGGUUCAAACUCAGCCAUUUUUAGCCACCGUCAGUCAGCCUUACGCCACGUGGGACCAAUGUUCCCUGCUCAUUUCAUUUCUCUUUUGAAGAUAGACAACAGGAAAACCAAGGGUUUUGGUAGAUUUUAGACACUGAAUGAUUCUCUCAUGUAUUGUUAAGUAUUAAAUAUAUUUAUAGAAUAGAAACCUCUAGAUUGGGUUUUAUUGCUUGAAUUGAGUGGCGAAAGAUAAAUAUGAGAUUUAAAAAAAGAAAAUGGCCAUUUGCAACAUACUUGGUGGAGCUGAAGCAUUUAGUGGCAUAAUGUUUGGUAGUUUUAAUGGCUAUCAAAAUUCUUGUGAUGAAUCAUUUUUUAUUGAUUGAUGUUGUGUAUCCGUGUCAUUUAUUUGGAUGAAAUACUGUGAUCAUGUGCAGCAGUAUUUUUGAUAGCUAUCAAAACAGUGGUCGACAUUAAAGAUAUUAAAGACAUUAAACCACAACCCUUACACACACUUAUCAUGUUCCUAUCUCACUAAUAAAAUGAAUAAAAAAAACUAAAUAAUGGGUCUCAUUCAUGAAAAACCUGGAGAAUGAAAGUGAAAAUCAUUUGAGAAUCCAUUCUUAUGUAAAUCAUUACAUUGAGAUCAAAUCCAAUGUGAAAAACUGAAUUGAAAUCUAAAAUCCAGUGAGAGUUUACGUAAGAAUGGUUUUAGAUUCAGUUCAUUCUCACAUAAACUGUUGCAUUCACUCCGAUGAUUGAAUUUGAAUUAUUCAUAGAACCAUUCUUGUGUAAGACAUUGACAUGAAAGUGGUUUUAUGAUGAUUUACACACAUUCUUUCUGCCGGUGUUUCAGGAACGAGAUCUUUUGUGUGCCAGAAUGAUCACAGGAAUACUGGAGCCGUUUGGCCAUCUCCUAAUUUUGACCAUUUUGAAACCUCCUUAAGUGAAUCUCAAGAUUUGUCUGUAGUGACAAAACAUUGCUUGUUUUCUUGGUCAUCUCCCUUAAACUUCCUGUGGUCAGCUGCACUUUCACUUGCUUUGUGUUCCACAGGUUCUAAAUUACUUUUCUUGUGCAAAAGCCUGAUACUUGUGAACAAGAGUUGUCUUUGUUUGUUGGUUCUCCCCAUCAAUGUUCAUCACUUGUGACAGAUGCCUUUUUGUUUCUCUAUUGAGCUGAAAUGCUGUGUGCAGUCCAAGUUUUUACCGUGUUACUACUGUGUGAAUGACAGCAGGUCCGCUGCACGGAGAAAACCCCCUGACAAAAGUCGCUUGCACUCUGCGUUUAGAUGGCUGACUGAUUCCUAUACUCACUGAAUGUACUGUAGAACCGUUUUUAAAACUCAUAGGAUAAUCUAGUCACCUUUUGUUAUCGGUCUUUAAUUUGUCUACGGUAUUUUUUUUGUAUACAGAAGUUUACAUUUUUAUGUAUAUUUUUCUUGUGUAAAAAUGAUGUAUUAUGUGUAUAAACAUUCUAUGUAAUAUCUGUAUAUAGAGUGACAAAUUUUGAUCUUGUUUUUGGAUGUAAGAAUUAAAAUUGUGUGAAUUUGUUGGAGUGUUA